AUGCGCCCGGGCGCGCUGCUCCUGGGCUGGGGCGCGGCGCUGCUGGCACUGCUGGCGCUGCUGGCACCCUCGGCUCUGCCCCGGGCACUGGCCGCCAACAGCAGCGGGAAGUGGUGGGGCAUCGUGAACGCGGCCUCCUCCUCCUCCAACCUGCUGACGGACUCGCAGAGCCUGCAGCUGGUCCUGGAGCCGAGCCUGCAGCUGCUGAGCCGCAAGCAGCGGCGGCUGAUCCGCCAGAACCCGGGCGUCCUGCACAGCGUCAGCGACGGGCUGCAGGGCGCCGUGCGCGAGUGCAAGUGGCAGUUCCGGAACCGCCGCUGGAACUGCCCCACCGCCACCGGACCCCACGUCUUCGGCAAGAUCGUCAACCGAGGCUGCAGGGAGACCGCCUUCAUCUUCGCCAUCACUUCGGCGGGGGUGACGCACUCGGUGGCCCGCUCCUGCUCCGAGGGCUCCAUCGAAUCCUGCACGUGCGACUACGGGCGGCGAGGCCCCGGAGGCCCCGACUGGCACUGGGGAGGCUGCAGCGACAACAUAGACUUCGGGCGCCUCUUCGGCCGCGAGUUCGUGGACUCCGGGGAGAAAGGCCGUGACCUGCGCUUCCUCAUGAACCUGCACAACAACGAGGCCGGCCGCGCGACGGUGCUGUCGGAGAUGCGGCAGGAGUGCAAGUGCCACGGCAUGUCGGGGUCGUGCACCGUGCGCACGUGCUGGAUGCGGCUGCCCACGCUGCGGGCCGUGGGCGACGUGCUGAAGGACCGCUUCGACGGCGCCUCCCGCGUGGUCUACGGCAACACGGGCAGCAACCGGGCUUCGCGGGCCGAGCUGCGCCACCUGGAGCCCGAGAACCCGGCCCACAAGCCGCCCUCGCCCCGCGACCUCGUCUACUUCGAGAAGUCGCCCAACUUCUGCACCUACAGCGGCAAGACGGGCAGCGCGGGCACCGCCGGCCGCACGUGCAACAGCUCCUCGCCCGCCCUGGACGGCUGCGAACUCCUGUGCUGCGGCCGCGGGCACCGCACCCGCACGCAGCGGGUCACCGAGCGCUGCAACUGUACCUUCCACUGGUGCUGCCACGUCAGCUGCCUCAACUGCACCCACACCCACGUGCUGCACGAGUGCUUGUGA